UUUCGUGUCAGAACGAGGCCAAUUGACGUCAACGUCUGCCUGUGAUUGGUCCUUACCGUGUUUCCGGUGGGGCAGCCAUCCAAGGACUGGGGGAAAAGAAGCGGAGAGUUUCUGUCAGUGCUAGUAGAAAAAAAAUAAAAAAACCUACAACCCUAAGAAAAACAAGCAGCGACGAAGCUUUAUACGGUCCGCUGACAAUAUCGUAGCGUUCCGGGGGAAACAAAAGGGAACCAGACGACAGCAGCAAGAUAUCAAUCAAGAUUAUCUUCACACAAGGUAAAAAUGGCGUCGGGAAGUACCAGCAGUGAUGAGGAGAGAAGUCUGCGGGAGUGUGAGUUGUAUGUCCAGAAACACAACAUCCAGCAGCUUCUCAAGGACUGCAUUGUCCAGCUGUGCACGUCGAGACCAGAAAAGCCAAUGGCAUUUCUCAGAGAGCUCUUUGAGAGACUGGAGAAGGAGGAGGCCAAGCAAAUUCUGAUCCAGCAGAAGUCAAACUCUCGCUCGGACUCGCGGGAGGAUGAGAUCUCUCCGCCCCCACCCAUUAACCCUGUGGUGAAGGGGCGGCGACGCCGUGGAGCCAUCAGUGCUGAGGUCUACACUGAAGAGGAUGCUGCCUCCUAUGUCAGAAAGGUUAUUCCUAAGGACUACAAGACAAUGGCUGCUCUGGCUAAAGCUAUUGAAAAGAAUGUUCUGUUUGCACAUCUUGAUGACAACGAGAGGAGUGACAUAUUUGAUGCCAUGUUUUCUGUCACCUAUAUUGCUGGAGAGACAGUCAUACAGCAAGGUGAUGAAGGUGAUAACUUCUAUGUGAUUGACCAAGGUGAUAUGGAUGUGUAUGUAAACAACGAAUGGGUGACCAGCAUUGGAGAGGGUGGUAGUUUUGGAGAGCUCGCCUUGAUUUAUGGUACUCCCAGAGCAGCCACUGUGAAAGCAAAAACCAUUGUGAAACUAUGGGGCAUUGACAGAGACAGCUACAGGAGAAUAUUAAUGGGAAGUACCCUGAGAAAGAGGAAGAUGUAUGAAGAAUUCCUUACCAAAGUGUCAAUCUUAGAGUCUUUGGAUAAAUGGGAGCGCUUGACAGUGGCUGAUGCUUUGGAACCUGUACAGUUUGAGGAUGGGCAGAAGAUUGUGGUGCAGGGAGAACCUGGGGAUGAAUUCUUUAUUAUUCUAGAGGGAUCAGCUGCUGUGUUGCAGCGCAGGUCAGAGCAUGAAGAGUUUGUGGAGGUUGGAAGACUCGGGCCAUCAGAUUAUUUUGGUGAAAUCGCCCUGUUAAUGAAUCGUCCACGUGCUGCCACUGUUGUAGCUCGUGGCCCCUUGAAGUGUGUGAAGCUUGACCGACCUCGAUUUGAACGUGUCCUGGGUCCAUGUUCAGAUAUUCUCAAACGAAACAUCCAACAAUACAACAGCUUUGUCUCGCUGUCUGUCUGAGGAUUUUUAGUGUACCCCCUUCCUUAAUGCAGGGUCCACAAAUGCAAUCUGCUUUGUUUCACAUUUACAACACCCACCUGUCCACCAGCAUCACUGCUUCCUUGUCUGUUUAUAUGUACCCAGUGCAAUGUCUUCUAUGCAUAAGCUUUAUAUCCUUUCAACAAUGCAGCAUUUCUAGAGUAUUCUUUAAAAAAAAAAAAAAAAAGAAAAAAAAAAAGAAGGAUAAAAGAUUUCCACAGUCACCUCGUGUGCAGAUGUGUCAACUGUUUGAAAGAUUGCAAUUGCUGUAUGAAGCUUCAUUAUAAAAGGUAGAAAUAGAACAAGAAUAACAGCAGAAAAUACAAAAAUGUUGUGUUUCAAGGCUAAAAACCUUUAAGAGCAUUUGAAUACAAAAAAAUUAUUUAGUAUUUUUAAAUUUGGCAUCUGUAACUGAAAAUAAGUGAGCUGCUGCAUUUACAUGUUUUAAUAGUUUGUUUCAAGGGUACUUAAAUACAGUGUCACCAGAUUUUCUGUUAUGUUAUUUUAAUAGUAGCACAUAUUAGUUUUUAAGUUACCCUAUUGGAUUUUUUGCACAGUUCCAGUAGUUAAAAAAACAAACAAAAAAAAAAAAAAAAACACAUAGGUAAGCAAUGUUACUUUGCACCUGUUGGUUUUUAUGGCUGCAUUGCGCUUCAAUAUUGUUGUAUUUCUGAAAUGUGAUCUGUUAAUUCUUUAGGAAUGAAUAUUUCUACUCCUAUUCUUUCAAAAAAUCUACUAUAAUAUUUGUUUUAAAUACUUUAUUGGCCCUCUUCCAAAAAAUCAAAAUCUUUGGGGUACGAUUCAAAUGUAAAACAAAUAAAUAAUAAUCCUUUGCAUUAGUGCUUAGAGAAAUUUAGUGAGACCUAACUGAUCGCAGAAUAUUGUAGUUUUCUGUUAAAUAUUUAGCUACCAAGUUAGUGCCAAAUAUUAAAUGAUGGUUCUUGGCAACAAUGCAAGGCAGAAUCUUAAAAAGGGAUAUUAUAAACUUUUUGUGCUUAUUUGUAACAGCAGAAGUACAGUUAAUAAUUUUGUUGCUUUACAUCUACAGUACUCAGAAAUUAUCUGUAUUUGUAACUUUUUGGUGCUUGGUAAAUUUUAAAGCUGUGGAUUUGGCUGGCAGCACUUGUCAUCACAUUUUUAACUUUGUAACUUUUUAUUACUUUUAAAGUGAUCACUGCAGUGUACUUAAAGUGCAUAGCAGUUUUAUAACUGUGCUGGUGUGAAUUACAAAUAAAGGGGCACAGGAACUAUGAAAAAAAUAUUUGAAAUGUGUACUGCUACCAAAAAGAUGUAGUAAUCAAUAAUUAGAAAUGUUAGCGAUAAAAUAAAUUAGUUUGAGGUAGUCAUAAAAUUACUAAUAAAGGAUAUGCACAGCUUUUUUUUUAUUUUUUUUAUUAAAUCUUGGACUUAAUCAUUUUAUUGCAGGUAUGACAAGGUGACUUCACCCCACUAUUACCUGAAAGGAAAAAGUCAUUGAGUCUUAAAUGUAUUUCAGUAUUUACCAGCUUUGUGUUACAUUACUCCAUGUGCACCAGUGAUAUUGAGAAGUUUUUACAAAAUUCCACGGUUCUGUAAUGUAUGUAAUCUAAAUAUAUCCUUUAUGUAUAGAGUGCGCUAGAGUAGGAUUGUAGUUAGGAGUGAAGGCAAGCUCUAAACAAGUCUGUAAUGUUCUUUAUAUAUAUAUAUAUAUAUAUAUAUAUAUAUAAAAUAAGUUUUUUUUUCUGCAUAUUUUCAUAUUAGGUGCAGGGUACCAUGAUUCUGCUCAUCAACAUUGUCAAUUGUCGGCAACGGGAAAAAGUAGUUGUAUGUCUGUCAGGGUUGCAUUGGGUCAAAUGGUGAAAUUGUUAGAAAAAUAGUUUACAUUUAUUUAAUUAAAUUUAGUUAAUUGUGCAAAAGUUAGUUUGUCUUUCUGAUAACCUUACAGAUUCAACCUGUGAAGAAUCUGUAUAUCCCACAAAUUAGUGGGAGAGUGUCUUAAUUCUUUGAAGAGCAUCAUCUAAGAAUUUCAACCUCAGAAAUUCUGUUGUCAGAAGUGUAUCAAGCCCCCUGGAAAACAAAUGUUUGCAUCUGCGCUGAUAACUUGAUAUACUUCUUUAUUAUCAGUAUUGUUCAAGCUGGGUGCUCUCUCAGAUUAAACAAUUAAUUUAGUUCCAGAACUAUGUUUUUGUAACUUAUUGUAAGAUUUAUUAACAAAAAAGCCACUGAUUGUAAAGUUAACUGACCCUGAUCCAAAAUAGUUACAAAUAUAUAUAUAUAUAUAUAUAUAUAUAAAAAUUUAAAGCUUUUUUCCCUUUUUUUUUUUUUUGGCUUGCUGUUCACUCCCAGUAUAGUUUGAUAUUAUGAUUAUUAUUAUUAUUAUUAUUUACUGAGUUUAUGAUAAAGCAGCAGAUAAUUCUCAGUUAAAUAUUAAACACAGUUAUAGCUUUAACAGUGUGCAAUCCAAGUAUGUAUGUACAAAAACACAGUCUACAUAGUUUGCCUUAGCUAAUGUAAACGGGCUUUUGAAAUUCCUUCUGCUAGCCCAACCUUUAGCAAGUUUGUGAUGUCUGCAGCCCCUAAAGAGCUGUGGAUAACCAGAGGACCAUUUUUUCUAUUGUUAUCCAAUGACUGUAUAAGGUUUGAUUUACUGUAUGUGCUAAAAUUAUAAUCCUUUUGGUAUAGGUUGUCCUAAUGGCAGGUCAAGCAAUAAAAAGAUUUAAAUUCUUAUACUCA